CGUUUAUUAAACGUGAACCGGAAAUAAUAGUACAAUUGACCUGUUCUUAUUUUUUAAGCGGUUUUAAAAAUGGCGACCGUGAAGAGGUGUAUGUUUACACUUAUUAAUGCGAUUAUAACGGCUCUUAUCAUAGAAAGUCAAUGUCGACUCCAUCAUCUCAUACUUAAGGAUGACAUCCGUCAGCGGGUCCAUCUGAACACUUUCGGCUUUUAUAAAGAUGGUUACAUGAGUAUGAGCAUGAACAGCCUCAGCUUCACUAAUGGCAGGACGGACAACAUUGACAGCUCCACGAUUGGGUUUAGCCUAGAUCGUGCAAGCAAUAAUGGCUUCUCCUCAUAUCUGGACGAGGGUCUUGACUACUGUCCUCUGAAAAAAGAUCCAAGUAGUAAUUUUGCAGGGGUGCUUCUCUUGCUGGACUUCAAAAAUAACUUAGUGAGGAAGAAGACUUCAGCAGAGGCUGGAGUGUUUCCUAACAUCAUACCUGUGGUGCCCAAAAACAUUGCAGAGGAGCUGCCAGCUGAAAAGGGGCAAGAUCUCCAAGACAAGGGGCCAGAUGAUGAAUCUCAGUCUAAGACGGGUUCUAAAUCCAAGCGAGAUGUUGAGUCCCCCCAGAACAAGGCAGAAGAUACCUAUCCUCUUCAGAACGAAGGCAAAAUCUACUCAUUUCAGUUUUACUUCAAUGUCACAACAGAUGAGCUGCAAGGCCUUUAUAACUUUUAUUUCUACAACUGCUACUCCAUGCCAAUAAACCAGGACAGCUCUGUGUCAGACAUGCUGCCUUUCAGCAUUGAUAUCAACAUCAAGGAGAAGAAUCCAGACAGCUUUCUCUCAGCGGGAGAGAUUCCUUUACCUAAGCUUUACAUCUGCAUGUCCAUGUUCUUCUUCCUCAUCGGCACGCUGUGGAUUCAUGUUUUGCGUACCCAUAGUUCUGAUGUUUACAAGAUUCAUUGGCUGAUGGCUGCUCUUCCAUUCACAAAGUCACUUUCCCUUAUUUUCCAUGCAAUUGAUUACUACUACAUUUCCAAUCAGGGCUUUCCUAUUGAAGGCUGGGCUGUGGUCUAUUAUAUUACUCACUUGCUGAAGGGGGCGCUGUUGUUCAUCACUAUAGCAUUAAUAGGAACUGGUUGGGCCUUUGUCAAGCAUAUCCUCUCAGAUAAAGACAAAAAGAUCUUCAUGAUCGUCAUUCCCCUGCAGGUUCUGGCCAAUGUGGCAUACAUCAUUAUUGAGUCUACAGAGGAGGGCUCCAGCGAGUAUGGUCUGUGGAUGGAGAUCCUGUUUCUGGUAGAUCUGCUGUGCUGCGGGGCUAUUCUCUUCCCAGUUGUCUGGUCCAUAAGACAUUUACAAGAGGCAUCAGCAACAGAUGGGAAAGCUGCCAUCAAUCUGGCUCAACUGAAACUUUUUAGGCACUACUAUGUGAUGAUUGUAUGCUAUAUUUAUUUCACCCGCAUCAUUGCCAGUCUCAUCAAGGUCAUUGUUCCUUUCCAGUGGAAGUGGCUCUACCAGCUGUUGGAUGAGCUGGCCACUCUGACCUUCUUCUUCCUAACCGGACACAAGUUCCGGCCAGCCUCCUACAACCCGUACCUACUGUUGUCUGUGGAGGAUGAAGACGUGGAGAUGGACGAUGUGGUAACUACCUCAACAGCCAUUGGAGAGGGCAUUAAGAAAGUGAAGAAACUGUCAAACAGACCAUCAGAGGAGAGGGAGAGCAUGGCAUGACGGUUCUCUGCCGGUUCUGUGUGCCUCUGGACUUUGUGGCCAGCUACUGACAUGGGGGAUAUUCUUGAAGAAGAGCUUAAUGGCUUUAUGAGCAGAAUUCCCAGUGGACCUUCUCUCAUGAUCACAUGUGAAGACACCGCGUUCUAUAUCCAUAUAUAUGUCUAUCUCUGUAAAUGUUGCACAGACAGUAUGGAGAAUUCACAUUACUUCACUCCAUGAUUCCUUUUGCCACUGUAGUUUUAAUUGAUGUGCUUGGCGCCGUGCUUUUUCAUUUUACCUUUAUUGUGUGUGGGUUUUUUCUUUUUUUAUUUGGUUGUUUUUAAUUUAUGACCUUCCUACGCAUUUCUUGAUCUUAGAAACUCUGUGGCACUUUAACAGGUACACUCUAGUCAAGAGAAAGCCUAUGUGAGGUCACUGCGAUGUGUAGAAAACUGCUGUGCCAGUGACGUCUCUUUCAGCUAUUAUUUAAGUGAUUAUUUCCUGCUCUGACUUCUCAGAAUGAAUCAUUUUUAUGUAAAUAUGCAGGCCCUUAAAACAUACAUAACCCAGAUUAAUGUUACAAAAAAUAAAAUGUACAGUUCUCAAGCUUGGUUAGAUUUGAUGACAGCAGCUUUGUAUUUUAUCAGUAUUUGUGGGUUGUUAAAUAUGGAUGAAGAUGGACUUUCAUGAAAUAGAUCCAGGGUGUCCAGAAACAUGUAUUUCACAUAUAUUAAACAUGGAUUAAAAUGAUUUCAGGGAUCUUGUAAUUUAUGGUUGCUGGUAAUGCAAUGAAGGAUUUUAUUUUGAUGUUUAAUAUUUUGCUUAUUUUCAGAUAUCUUUUGAGCAAGCUUUAUGAAAUUGUGUUUCAGUAUUAAAUUGUGCAAUGGU